AUGAGCCUCUUGCCAUCCACCACUUACGCAGCUCCUUCUCGGCUGGGCCGGGGGUGGCAGCUUAACACUAUUCCCGAGGAAAAGGAAGAUGGAAGUCAGGGCGUGAAGAGCGACAGUGAGGGAGAUGGUAGUGAUUCAACCGUCAAAGGCCGUCCUGCAGUAUGGAAUCCACAGCUUUACACCGUCCAGCUUCGCAAGAGUUCUCUUGCAACAACCACUUUUGCAGACUCACCAGUCUCCUCGUGCGCACCCUCCCCUCCCAGUAGUGCUGGAGAAGGUCACCAACGGAACUCAGUUGGAUCCUCCUACGGCAGUGAUGCCGGAACCGUCUUCAGCGACGAUGGAUCCCUCUCCAGCGACCCAACUAGCUUUGCUUCGGAGUCGAGCAGAAGCAGCUAUACCAGCAGUAAAUCCACCCGAAACCGGUACCCUGCUCUUCUCAUCCCCAGGGAUUCAUGGGGAUCCGUGGAUGUCAGCCCCGUCAAGGAAAUUCCCUUGGGCAUGUCUCCAGCUACGAAGAUCCGCCUGUCUCCUGGAGCACUCUCUGCGCUUCCAAGGUGUGUUCCAGACGGUAGUGCACCACCAUCGCUGGGAGACAGCAACAGUACGACCUCCGAGCCACCGGAUCAUCUGGGAAUUAGUGCUCCGGUCACCCCAGAAAUCAAGCAGCUGGAAAUCAGGCAAGGCGAGAGCUGGGGUGGACCUCCACCAUCAAAUCCUCACACGCAACAUCUCGAGAUUGCGCUGGAUGACGACCACAGUAUAAUACUCUCACCUGCAGAGGCGCAUUCUGCGAACGCAUCCUUGAAUAUCCUCUCGCCUGUGUGGAUGGAAAUGGUGGUCAAUUUCCCACAAGUGCCCGGUGCUACGCCUCAAGACCGAUCGCCAUUGAUGCCCACCAUGGAUGAGAUCAAGAAGUUCGAGGAGCCGACGCUACUGUCGAAUGGCUCCGACCAAGGAGUCAGGCUCCCUCCUGAUGCUUUGCGGACGCUCCAGCGCAUUGCACGCCAGCGAAGUCCCGAUGAAAUCUCGUUCACCUCUGGCGGCUCACGUCCCUCCAAGCGCUCUGGCGGAAAGGAAGAAAUGCGAGAACUCACCGAUCCCCAGCCUGCAAGUAGACCUCGCAGCGCGGAUGGCCAGACGCCUAUCUCCGACUACAGCUUUUCGCAGUUGAGCAUUCCAUCUCCAGGAGGAUUCUUUUCGUCGUUGCGGAACGGUGCACGGCAUACCUGGUGCAUCAGCAAGUCCAGGGAUGCCAGUGCUCCGAAUACUGCUACAGCGGAAAAGUUCUACAACCGACCUUGGGACAGUCCCGAUUCGAGUUCGGCCAAGAUGGUCGAGACUGUUCUGACAGUCGAGGACACCAAUAUGACCGAAGGACCUCCAACAGCACGACAAGCUACUUUUGGUCUGGCUCCAGCACCAGUCGCCGAUGGGAACGAAGGGAAACCUCCACCUUCGGAAGAUGACGACCUCUAUGGCUCUGGCACCGACGCCGGGGUUCCUACUGAGACGGUGCAGGUCAAUUUCGAAUACGAUGAUAAGUAUCAAGUGGAGCUCAAAGCGAGCGCAGGUCAGAAUCUGGAUCGCACAGGCUCCUGGCUCGCAGCACAGACUGGAUACUUGUCAGCGAUUCUCGGCUUCGAUCCGAAUCUUGGUGCUCACGUCGAGCCUAGAGUAUCAGUUGAGGAGGCUAUGGUGACUGUCCCUAAACCGGCACACCAAGAUUCUGGUCAGUCUGAUCUAGAGCAUACCGGGUUGAGUGACCCUGGGUUUGUUGGUGUUGUACGCGAAGCUGCCGGGACUGACAUGACCAAAGUGGACACUACAGCACUUAUCGACGAACCUGACAUGGAGAGUCCUUGCAGUGAGGCGGAGGCGAAGGAACCGGUGUUCCUCACGGCGUUCCAAUACCUAGUCAGCAACCGCAAGCGCCGCGAUGCGUUCAUUCAAGCGGGCUCACGGCUGGAAGCUAUCCAAGCGGCCCGAGUGGCUAUGCCGGAGAAGCAUGUCACCAAUCUCUUGGGCCAACACAUCCUGGUUGAGCCUGUGCGGCCCAAGUAUGCCGGGCCGUUCAGUCAGAAUCCGCGUGCCACCGGUGUGUUUGAGCGCACAGCCGAACAGAUUGCCUACCGAGCAGUCGAACGCGAACAACUUGCCCUAGCAUCUAUCGAGCCGUCAAACUGGCAGAUCGAUGCACUCAGAGCGGUGUACCGUGGACGUCUCCUUGCUUCAGCAGCCGCUUGUGACCGACUCCAGAGAAAAGCUACAAUGCCGUUGGACGAUCCUGACUGUGUUGGGAGCAAACGCCUACGCAUCUUGGAUUUUGGGGGCACAUCUUCGGCCUCAUGGGCUUGGAAUGCCGCUCUCGAGUGGCCGAACGUCAAGAUCUACACGGUCAUCACCAAGGAUCAGUCACAGUCACAACGACCGGUAGGAUCCAUGAAGCCUGAAGCGCCUGCGAACCAUCGCACAGUGUCGGUGCCACACCUGUGGCAGUUGCCGUUCCGUAGCGGGCAUUUUGAUGUCAUCUCAGCACGCAGUCUGCAUGCUCUGCUCAAGCAUAAUCCGGUGCCGAGUGUCCCGGAGAUUGACGAAUGGGACCUGGCUCUGCGAGAAUGCAUGCGGGUCCUGAAACCGGGCGGCUACAUUGAUUACAUGAUCAUGGACUCGACCAUCGCACAUCCCGGGCCCAGAGGGGAAUCGAUGUCGGUGGAGUUCGGCUUUGAACUCAAUCGGCGAGGCUACGAGAGAGAAGCAGGCCGUAGUUGGCUCCGGCGCCUGAAGAAUCAAGGAUUCGUGGGGAUCAAGAGAGCAUGGGUCUUUUUGCCCAUGGGACGCCGGCCCCGUGAGGAAACGGAGGAGCAUGUGCAUGGAUAUACGGGCGGGUGGCAGUCGUGGCGGCAGGGGGCCACACCGUUUGUUCCUGCUCCCCGGCCGAUCAGUGAAGUGUCGACCAUCAGUCAGAUCGUGAAGCAGUACCUGGACGUGGAGGCUGUGCAGGGUCCGGUCGGCAGCACCCAAGAUGUGGCUGACUUGACUGGUCUUCUUGGAGCUCGGAUGUGGGAAGAGUGGUUGAUCAAGGUUCGCGCCGAGUGCGGCCGAGAGCGGGAUAGAUGGUUGGAAGGCGUGGAUGAAGUGAUUGAAGAAGGUAGAGAAAAGGGAUCGGGAUGGAAAGUCUUGAUUGGAUGGGCGAGGAAACCUAAGUUGGACAGAAGGCAGAAGAAGGUUGAACGGGCCGAGAUUGUUGUGGCGGUGGAAGACAUGGAAGGGUUGACUUUGUCGGGGAACGAGUCCCUGGAGACUGGGAUGAUUCCGAUGGUGAUCCAAGAAUGA